CGGAGGAAGGGGCGGGGGCAGCGGCCCGGCUUCAGGAAGCGGAGGCCGCCCGGGCGUCGGUGCCACGCUCUGCGCUGCGAUGAGCUCCGAGCCUGCGCUCCGCCCGGCUCGCGGUGCGGGUGAAGAACAAAACAUGACCGAAAUAGAUGCCUUCCCUAGGAGAGAAAUGUUUGAUCCGGCUGAAAAGUACAAAAUGGACCACAAGAGGAGAGGAAUUGCAUUAAUCUUCAAUCAUGAGAGGUUCUUCUGGCACUUAACCCUGCCAGAGAGGCGGGGCACCAGUGCUGACAGAGACAAUCUUAGGCGCAGGUUUUCAGAUCUAGGAUUUGAAGUAAAAUGUUUUGAUGAUCUUAGAGCAGAAGAACUAUUGCUCAAAAUUCACGAGGCAUCAACUGCCAGCCACGUAGAUGCAGAUUGCUUUUUGUGUGUUUUCCUGAGUCACGGUGAAGGCAACCACAUCUAUGCAUAUGAUGCCAAAAUUGAAAUUCAGACAUUAACAGGCUUGUUCAAAGGAGACAAGUGUCAGAGCCUGGUUGGAAAACCCAAGAUAUUUAUCAUUCAGGCGUGUCGGGGCAGCCAGCACGACGUGCCGGUCAUCCCUCUGGAUGCAGUUGAUCACGGGACACACAGGCUGGAUGCCAACCUAACCCAGGUGGAUGCGGCCUCGGUUUACACACUUCCAGCUGGAGCCGACUUCCUCAUGUGCUACUCUGUGGCAGAAGGUUACUAUUCUCAUCGGGAAACUGUGAAUGGUUCAUGGUAUAUUCAAGAUUUGUGUGAGAUGCUGGGAAAAUUCGGCUCCUCUUUGGAGUUCACAGAACUCCUCACCCUGGUGAACAGGAAGGUUUCUCAGCGCCGAGUAGACUUCUGCAGAGACCCAAGUGCGAUUGGAAAGAAGCAGGUUCCCUGUUUUGCCUCAAUGCUAACUAAAAAGCUGCACUUCUCUCCAAAAUCUAAAUGAUAGGUGCUAUUUUGUUUCAUGUAUUCAAAAUAGAUUUUCUCUUUUCAUAUAAAGGAGUAUCACUUGGUUGAAGCAAUUUAAAUGGUUCAGCAAUUUUAAAUGUUUUAAGCUUUAAUAACUUAAAAUAGUUCAUAUUGGACAUGGUGAAGGGGUUUUGAUAUAUGGAGAAAUGAAAUCCUCAGGGAAUUCCUAUAGAUAAAAAUCCACAAGCAUUUGUAAUACUAGACUUUUGUACUAAAUUGUAAGUUUACUCAAUAUCUGACUGAUUUAACUUGUAUUUUGUGACUUUUUUUUUAAUAAAACUUUAUAAUGUUUUUAGGGGCUUUUGAAAUCUAAGAACUUGUUUUCCUUUAAUAUUUGAAAUUUUUAAAUUAAGUUUUUCUAAUUUACAUUCUUGUAUCAUUUACUUGGUCAUAAAAAUUAAUCUACUUAUGAAUUACCACUUUUUUGUAUAAGACUAACUCUUUUAAAAAAUGCCUUCAAGAACUAUUAUAUGGUAUUUUGAAGAAGAAAUAUAAGCAGUUAAUUCUUAGUCAGUAGAGGUCACAAACUUGCAAAGUUUGAUUCUGUCAGUAUCUUGCAUGGUAAGUUACUAUACACUGUCUGGCAGUCCCACUCACAGACCAUCAUCAUAUUUAUGGAAUAAUAGACGUUGCUUUUUUUUUUUUUUUUUGGCAGUGCUGUGUAGCAUGUGGGAUCUUAGUUCCCAGAUGAGGGACUGAACCCAUGCGCCCUGCAGUGGAAGUGAAGUCUUAACUAUUGGACUGCCUGGGAAGUUCCAGAUGUUAUUUUUAAGAUUCAGCUCUUACUAAUAUGAUAUGUAAAAUUUGAGUAAUAUGCUUUGUUAAUAAUCUGCCAGAGGCUGCAGAUGUUUAAAAGUCUGGGUUUUGAUAACAAACUUGGGACCUGCUGGUUCAGCAGUAGUUUGUGCUGUUUCAGGUAUGGUUCAAAACAUGUGCCAACUAUAUGCCAAGGUCAGUGGGGCAUUUAAACCUUUUCCUGUAGUCAUGACAGGGGUUUCACUGUCAGUUGAACAGUUUACCUUUCCUUUAGCCCCUGACCCUCAGGUGCUGCUGUCUCCAUGACUCCCCUUGCAAGGUGAAUGACUAUAGAAACUCUCCUCAGCUCAUCCAGCGAGCACAGGUCCAGCCCUCUAGGCAAAGAUUAUAUAGCUCUGGUUACCUAAGGGAAGUUAGCUGAUGUUAUUAAAAAGCUCAACCCCUGCCACCCACCAUAUGCAUAUACACACAUUUGUUUUUUCCUUCAGUGAUCAGUCUGAGGGUUUAUUUGAAUAAAAUCCUCUUGUUCAGAUGCAGUGACACUGGUACCAAUGUAUCUGGGCACCAAAAUGUCAUCAAAUUUGAGCUGUGGAAACAAUAGGGACACAGCUGAAUUUUGUUUAUAAUAGUUGUCUCAGGAUAACACAAUCCUUUCAUAAUAAAAUUAACAUGCAAUUUCUUUGGAA